UCAGUCUUGGCUUCUAAAGCAGCAUACAGAUACUUCUGCAAAAUCAAUUAGAUACUUUAAUACAAGAAAUUGGUAAGCACUUGGCCCUUGGUUUUUCCAACUCAACCAAAAAUUAGUUUCUCUCUUGGGUGAAAAAUAAUCACCAUGGCUGGCACAUGCAGAGAUUUACAAAUCGCUCAUCAAACUCUUCAUACGGCAAUCCUCCAGGUCAUGUUUCCCAUGGAUGGUGGUAAGCCACCCCUUGUGAUCGGCAAUUCUUAUACAGAGGUUUGUUCUGGAGUUUCAAUACUUUCAUGGCUAGUUAAAAGAUUAUACGCUAAGAAACCAAUGGAGGCUCAAGAGAUAUAUUCUCUUUCCAUCAAAUACUGCAGGUCAAAAUUGAUGCAUUGCAGGGCAAGAACGUGUUGCUGCUCAUAUCUAGCCUUGAUUGCUUGGAUGAGAUUAAGGCUCUUGCUAAACUGUACGAUCAACUGGAAAAAAUGGGAAGAUUCAAUAUAAAUUAGUGUGGGUUCCAGUUGCAGACCAGAUAUAUGAACAACAUUUUUCUUCCCUGAAAUCGCUGAUGCCUUGGUACUGCGUGCGACAUCCUUCAAUCAUCAGACCAGGGGUGAUUAGAUACUUCAGGGAGUUCUGGAAUUUCACAAAGCAAACGAUCCUGGUGCCACUGUAUCCAAAUGGACAAGUACAACCCAUUUAUACCCUUGACUUCGUUUGGGCAAGGGGCAUUUUGCCCGUCAUUGGCCUGCACCCAGAUGGAAACUGGAAAUUUCUAUGCGAGGACCAUGGCUUGAGCCUAGAUCUACUUAUACAUGACCUUUAUACAGUCGAUUUGAUGAUGCCAUCCCCAAUUAUAAGCCUUUACGGAGGAGAAGACAUCAAAUGGAUUGAGGAGUUUACCACUGCAAUAAAUCGGAUUAAAGAUGUCACUAAGCUGAGCAUGGAUUUGGUUUAUGUUAGCCAGAGCAAGGCCAUCAAUCAGACCAACAAAGCCAUUUUCGAUUUCAUUACUGGAAGGAAGCUUGGUGUCUACUGGAAUGUUGAGGAAACGUACAGUUGGCGAUUUUGGGCCCGAUUGGAAAGCAUCUUUCUCUUCGGGAUUGCGAAAGGGCAUCUAUCCUAAAGUAAACAAUACCAUGAAAGAUGCGGGAACUUUGCUUAGCUUCAGUGGAAGCUACAGUGGAUGGGCUGCGUUUGGUCAAUUAGGAACCUCGCAUAAAAUGGCUAAAGCCACAGGAGAAGUUGUUCUACACGUCUUGUCAAACAUAAGUAGCUGGUGGGAUGCGGCCGGUGGCAGUGAGUUUUUUCUGCUAGAACUCAACCAGCAGAUCCAAAAACAACUUAUAGACAAGCCAAAUCAUUGCUGCCACAUUGUCCUGCCAGCGAAUGUUGCAGAGAUCGCAGAUGAGAUGAUGACCUGCACAAUCUGUGACCGUAAAAUGGGCAAGUACCUGAUGACUUGCCGUUGCUGUGAGUAGAGACCAAACCUAAUAUGCCUGUUAUGGAGGAGACCAUCUGGAUUUUCUUGUAAUGCUGUUAGGAUUUUGUCUGUUUUAGUGGCUAAUAAUGUCUAGAUUAGACAAUCCGUCUCCUGUCUGCGGUAGCUAAAUCUAGCAGUGGAGUUUGCUUUUCUUUAAUAAAGACAACAGGAAAAAAAAAAAAGUGUUCGGUUCUAUUCGUUGUAUAAUAAAACUUGAGGCUUGGUAGA